CGCGUUCAGUUCACGCUUUGCCUUCGCUGAAUUCGGUCGUGUGUGCUGUCGUGUCUCGAGCGAAGAGUGGGAAUCUAUAGAAAAUAGACGGAAAUCGAUUUGCGUGACCAAAGAAUCAAUAUCGAGCGCUCCAUAAGCAACCGAACUAGUUAACUAUACUCUCACCAUGUCCGCGACCGACGCGCUCUACAAUCGUCCUGGCCCCAAUCGCCUGAGGCAGUCGGAUGUGUAUCGCACCACCAACCGCCAAGAUGCCGUCAAGAUUCGGCUGGCCAAGGAGGGCAUCGGGGCGGAGGAGCCCAUCUCAGUGCCCGGCCUGCUGAAGCGCACGGUCAACAAUUACGGCGACUAUCCCGCCCUGCGGACCAAGAACGGCAAGAACGGCUACCACACCGUCACCUACAAACAAUACGAGGAGAAGGUGCACCAGGUGGCCAAGGCCUUCAUCAAGCUCGGUCUGGAGGAGCACCACUCGGUGGGUGUGCUGGCCUUCAACUGCGCCGAGUGGUUCUACUCGGCCAUGGGGGCCAUCCACGCGCGCGGCAUCAUCGCCGGCAUCUACACCACCAACUCCGCCGAUGCAGUGCAGCACGUCCUGGAGAGCUCGCACGCCCAGAUCGUGGUCGUGGACGACUCCAAGCAGAUGGAUAAGAUCCACGCCAUCCGCGACAAGCUGCCCAAGCUGAAGGCCGCCAUCCAGAUCCAGGAGCCAUAUGCGCCCUACCUCAAGAAGGAGGACGGCUACUACAGGUGGUCGGAGAUCGAGUCGAUGAACGUUAGCGACGUGGAGGACCAAUACAAGACCCGACUGGAGAACGUGGCGAUCAACGAGUGCUGCUGCCUGGUCUACACCUCCGGCACGGUGGGCAUGCCCAAGGGCGUGAUGCUCUCCCACGACAACAUCACCUUCGACGUGCGCGGCAUCGUCAAGGCCAUGGACCGGGUGGUGGUGGGGGCGGAGUCGAUCGUCUCCUACCUGCCGCUGUCGCACGUGGCCGCCCAGACGGUGGACAUCUACACCUGCGCCUUUGUGGCCGGCUGCAUCUGGUUCGCCGACAAGGAUGCGCUGAAGGGAACGCUGGUGAAGUCGCUGCAGGAUGCGCGGCCCACGCGAUUCAUGGGCGUGCCGCGCGUCUACGAGAAGUUCCAGGAGCGCAUGGUGGCCGUGGCCAGCUCCAGCGGCAGCCUGAAGAAGAUGCUCGCCAGCUGGGCCAAGGGCAUCACGCUGAAGCACUACAUGGUGAGUCAAGGCAAGAGCUCCGGGGGAUUCCGGUACAAGAUUGCCAAGUCGCUCAUCAUGUCCAAGGUGAAGCAGGCCCUCGGGUUCGAUCGAGUCAUGACCCUGGCCAGUGCCGCAGCUCCCAUGUCGCCGGAGACGAAGAAGUACUUCCUCAGCCUGGACCUCAAGAUUGUGGACGCCUUCGGUAUGUCGGAGACGGCCGGCUGCCACAGCAUCUGCCUUCCCGACUCGGUGGGCCUGAACACCAUCGGCAAGACAUUGCCCGGCUGCGAGUCCAAGUUCAUCAACAAGGACGCCAAUGGCCACGGCGAGCUGUGCAUCCGCGGACGCCACGUCUUCAUGGGCUACAUCGACAACAAGGAGAAGACCGAGGAGUCGCUGGACGACGAAUGCUGGCUGCACUCCGGUGACCUGGGAUACGUGGACGACAAGGGAUACAUCUCGCUGACGGGACGAUCCAAGGAGAUCAUCAUCACCGCCGGUGGCGAGAACAUCCCGCCCGUGCACAUCGAGAACACGAUCAAGAAGGAGCUGGAUGUCAUUUCCAAUGCCUUCCUGGUGGGCGAGCAGCGCAAAUACCUCACUGUGCUGAUCACCAUUAAGACCGAAAUGGACAAGGAGUCCGGCGAGCCUCUGGACGAGCUGAGCCACGAGUCCUCCGUGUGGGUGAAGUCGCUGGGCGUGGAGCACAAGACUGUGUCGGAGAUCCUGGCCGCAGGUCCCUGCCCCAAGGUGUGGAAGUCCAUCGAGGACGCCAUCAAGCGGGCCAACAAACAGUCCAUUUCCAACGCCCAGAAGGUGCAGAAGUUCACCAUUCUGCCGCACGACUUCUCCAUUCCCACCGGCGAACUGGGACCCACCCUGAAGGUCAAGCGCAACGUUGUCUCCAAGAUGUAUGCCGACGAGAUCGAGAAACUCUAUGCCUAGACUUCCUAACCGGAGAUCGAACCCGAGCUUUAAUGUGAAUUUGAAUUUACCAGACUUCCAAGCCAAUUGAGUGCCACUUUCUAUAGGAUUUAGGCUGAUGCUAACUGUUGGAUAUUACACUUAGGACAACUAGGCCCGAAUGCCUAGCUGGACGUCUGCUUGCCUCCGAUUAGGUCCAGAGAUCUUUUAAUUAGUACCUAAGUUUUAUUUUGUAUAUGCUAUUUGGUUGUACCAACUGAACAAAGGAAAUUUUUUAUUGUCUGAAGAGCAACAAUAAAUUUGUAACUAGAUUUGUAACUGGGA